AGGGGCACCUGGGAUUGAUGAGGCGCUGCAGCCAAUCAGACUGCGCGAAAGGAGCGAACGGGCUCCAGUUAAAGGGGGCAGAAGAGGAGGGAGAGCCAGUCCACGGAGAAACAGGGACUCUCCGCCGAUAAAGCGCUCACUCCGAGUCAGAGAAAUAAAUCCGUGCCCAAACUGGACCGCGUAAAACAUCAAAGGGUCGUAGUCAGGAGAAGAGGACACAAGGAAAUCUUUCACUUCCGUUUGGAUUUUUCGAUUCCAAGUAAUUAUUGAAUUAUUUUAUUGUUAGUUAGGUUUGUAUCUUUUAGCUAUGAGCGGAGAAGCGCAUUCGAUUUACGCCUGAUAUGGUGUUUCUAAAGCUGGAAGUCGUAUUGUUGCGUGUCAACAUUUGAUCUUUUUUUUUCUUUUGUAAUUUUUAAAAGAAUUCUGUUCUGGUUUUUAAACGCAAAAUAACAAUGUUACUGGAUGCUGGCCACCAGUUCCCGGGACUGGGAGUGGGUUCGUUUGCCAGGCAUCACUCAGCGAGCGACAUGCAGGACAGAGACUUGAGUUUGGCGCAGAACAGCUUUGUAGACUCCGCACACAUGGGUGCGUUCAAGCUCAACCACGAUCUCUCUCCGGGACAGAGCUCUGCGUUCACCACGCAGGCACCGGGCUACCCCGCUGCGGCUCUGGGGGCCCACGCCGCUCAUGUCACGUCGUACGCGAGCUCCCCCUUCAACUCUACCAGGGACUUUCUCUUCCGCAGCCGCGGCUUCGGAGAAUCCUCUCCGGCGAGCGGCCAGCACGCUAUUUUUGGCCCCACGGCAGGAUCCCUUCAUCACACCCACACAGACACUCAAAGCCACAUUCUAUUCCCCGGGAUCCACGAUCAGCACGGCUCCCACGGUUCGCCGAAUGUCCUGAACGGCCAGAUGAGGCUCGGACUGCCGGGUGAAGUUUUCGGGCGCUCCGAGCAGUACCACCAGGUCUCCAGCCCGAGGACCGACCCGUACUCCGCCGCGCAGCUCCACAACCAGUACGGCUCCAUGAAUAUGAACAUGGGCAUGAACAUGGCAGCCCACCACCAUCAUCACCCCGGUGCCUUUUUCCGCUACAUGAGGCAGCAGUGCAUCAAGCAGGAGCUCAUCUGCAAGUGGAUCGAUCCGGAGCAGCUGAGCAACCCCAAAAAGUGCUGCAACAAAACUUUCAGCACCAUGCACGAGCUGGUUACGCACGUCUCCGUGGAACACGUCGGCGGGCCGGAGCAGACCAACCACAUCUGCUUCUGGGAGGACUGCGCCCGGGAGAGCAAGCCGUUCAAGGCGAAAUACAAACUGGUGAACCACAUUCGGGUGCACACGGGGGAGAAACCCUUCCCCUGCCCCUUCCCAGGCUGUGGCAAAGUUUUUGCUCGCUCGGAAAACUUGAAGAUCCACAAAAGAACACACACAGGAGAAAAACCUUUCCAGUGCGAGUUUGAGGGUUGUGACAGAAGAUUUGCAAACAGCAGCGACCGAAAGAAACACAUGCACGUCCACACGUCAGACAAGCCAUAUUUGUGCAAAAUGUGUGACAAGUCCUACACACACCCCAGCUCUCUACGAAAACACAUGAAGGUUCACGAAUCCACUCCAUCUGCAUCAGAUUCAUCACCAGCUGCAAGUUCUGGCUAUGAAUCGUCCACUCCCCCGGGCCUGGUGUCCCCCACCACCGAGACCCAAAGCAACACAACCCUGUCCCCAGCCUCAGCUGUGCACAACACCACCAGCCACAGUGGCCUGUCCUCCAAUUUCAGUGAAUGGUAUGUGUAGGACUGAGCUCAAAAAAAUAAAGCCACACACACAUCACUUCCCAGCACUGGGCAUUUCCACAGGAGUUUUCUUAUUUGGACACAAAAACAUUUAUUUUUUAUUUUAAUAUUCACCAGACAGGGUGAUAAUAACCAGCGGAGGAAAAAUGUGUAUGAUAAACCUGAGGGGUGUGUUUCAUACUGUAAAUAGGAACUUAAAAAAAAUAAAAUCCACCUUCUCAUUUGGUUGUGGUAGUUUUGUCAAGUCUUUUGGUGUAUAGACGUUCCUUCAGGUAGCUGUUUCUCUAACUGGAAUCUUAGUGCACAUAUUACCAUUAAAACUGUACUAUAAUGUUGACUAUUGUGAUCCUGAGGCAAACUGAUUGUACUAUACUAAAACAUCUAUAAACUGGAGAGAGUGCCAAAGUUAACCUUCUAACUCCAACAAACCACAAUAAUCAUGAUCGUGAAUGUAUAUUUUAGUUUGCUGGGGCUUAACUUGUGAUGUUUUUUGUGCUUUGCAAGUUUGAAUUGUGAAGAAAAACCUAUCUGGAAAGAUUGUGAGGUCAAAUAAACGUUGUGCCGUUUUUUCAAUUAAUUUUUGGUUUGUUUUAUUUUUAUUUUGUUUUCUGGUCUGUACCCCACACACCUUUUCCUAUUUUGUAAAUAUCAGCUGCCAUAUUUAUCCAUUUGUAAUUAAAUUAUGGUAUUUACUUGCUACAGAUGAAACAGUAUUUAUAAAAAGAAUGUUUCUUUGCCUAUAAAUAUGUACAAUGAUGAGCUAAAAACACAGGCAGUUGUUUCGUUCUGUGCUAAUUUUUUGUUUAAAGUUUUAAGAGGUGUUUCCUUCCUUUAAUUGUGAUAAGAAUUUUACUGCUUACAAAUAUAAUAAAAAGGUGUUGCAAGUG